AUGAAGUCUCUUAUGGGACUGCUGGCCGCGGGCCUGUUCCUCUGGACAGCCCAGGCCAUGGAGAUCCUCAUGGACGAGAGUCGCCAAUACUGCGCCGGCAUGUACGGCAAGAAGACCUGGGGCGGCCCCGUCGACCCCUUCAUCCUCGUCAAGUAUCUCGACGCCGCCAAGGACUCGGGCGAUGACCCCAUCACCAGCAUGGUCAUCUUCGAGUGGCGCGACCGCGACCUGGUCGGCAUCCCGGACCCCGACGGCUGGGGCAACGUGAGCAACACCACCACCAGCCCCGACAACGGGCUCAUGGCGGCGAUCACUUGGGCUGACAGACUCCAGCGCCUCGCCAUCUGCAACGACGACUACGUCAAGGACGGCCUCUGCGACAAGAAGCACAUGGGCGAGUUCAUCCUCGCCGCCAACGCGACAGACGACAGCCGCGCGACCAUUGUCACAAAGGCUGUCCACCUCAAGGACUCGGAGCCCAUCAAGUACAUGGUCAAGAAGACGGGCUACUACUGCAUCGUGACGGACCCCUGGAAGACGGAAAAGUACUCGGCCGUCGUCGAGUUCCGCAACGCCUACGGCGAGCUGGCGGCCACCCAAAUCCCCAAGCUGCCCUUUUACGGCGCCAUGACCAUUGUCUACACCCUGCUGGCGGGCUACUGGGGAUUCCUCUACUACCAGCACCGGCAGGACAUCUUGCCGGUCCAAAACUACAUCACCGCCAUCCUCGGCUUCCUCGUCAUCGAGAUGCUGCUCACCUGGGCCUUUUACGACUACCAGAACCGCAACGGCUCCAACGUCGGGUCCAAGGUCUUCCUCGUCAUCGUCGGCAUCCUCAACGCGGCCCGCAACUCCUUCUCCUUCUUCCUCCUCCUCAUCGUCUGCAUGGGCUACGGCGUCGUCAAGCACACCCUGGGCCGCGCCAUGAUCUGGGCGCGCUGGCUGGCCGCCGCCCACUUUGUCUUUGGCCUCGUCUACUCGGUCACCAGCCUGCUCAUCUCCCCCGAGGCCGCCGGGCCCUUUGUGCUCCUCAUUGUGCUGCCCCUCGCCGCCACCCUGACCGCCUUUUACAUUUGGACCCUCAACUCCAUGAACGCCACCCUCAAGGACCUCCGCGAGCGCAAGCAGCACGUCAAGGAGUCCAUGUACCGCAAGCUCUGGUGGGCCAUCCUCGCCUCCCUCCUCGUCAUCUUCGCCUUCUUCUUCUUCAACUCGUUCACGUUCGCCUCCGUCGGCGACCCGGACUUUGUCCCCUUCCACUGGAAGACCCGCUGGUUCGUCCUCGACGGCUGGCUCAACCUCGUCUACUUUGCCGACAUUGCCUUUGUCGCCUACAUCUGGCGCCCAACCGCCAACAACCGCCGCUUCGCCAUGAGCGACGAGAUUGCCCAGGACGACGAUGGCAACUUUGAGAUUGGCGACAUUGGCAUGCCAGACGACUCGGACGACGAGGAGGCGGCCGUUGGCAAGGGCGACGAGCAGCAUCACCGCCUGCAACAACAGCAGCAGCAGCAGCAGCACGGGAACGGCAUGCCCAGCGCUGGCCUGUCCAACCCUGGCCAGUCUUCAGGUGCAGCAGGGCACAGGGCUAUCCCGCGCGAGAGUGUCGACGGCGAGACCCUGUUCGCGGUCGGGGACGAGGACAAGUUCUCCGACGACGGGAGUGACGAGGACGCCAAGCUCGUCAAAUCGAAAUGA